AAGGACACAAACCAAGAGGAAUAGAAACAUCGCCGUUGUUACAAGACACAAGAAAUCUGUGUGACUUCGCUGUGAAUACUAGGACCUUGCUAUACAAAGAAAAGAAAGAAUUCAGAACCAAGUAUAUGUACAAAGAGAGAUCUCCCUGACUGAGGAAAUCCACACGGGAUUCUGUUGUACAACAUCAGGAUAAAGAAAUAGAGGUCUGCUGUAAAUAAUGUAUAGAGGAGUGUACCAGAAAUCUGUCACCGUGUCUGGUGUUAGUCAGUGUUGGCACAUUUCACGUGUGUCAUCAGACCGGGUCUGGAUCAGUGAUGAUGAAGGCAAUCUUAUACUGACAAACACUAAAGGGGAAGAACUAGACAGUGUGACAGAUAUAGGUAGUGAUGUGGGAGUACACGCUGUGGACUCUAAUGGUGAUCUAAUUUAUAUAGACAGUGAAUAUAACAUCAUUAAACUGUCCAAAGAUAACAGAGAAAAGACUACGAUAAUAAAGUACAACACAGCACCAUGGGAACCACGGAGUGUCUACAGCUCCCCCUCCACUGGAGACCUGCUGGUCGGGAUGUGUAGAGGUGAUACAAGGACAGGCAAGGUAGUGCGGUAUAACUCCACAGGAGAAAACAUCCAGACCAUACAGCACCACAACAACACAGGUCAGGGACUGUAUAAUGAUCCUAUCUACAUCACAGAGAACCGCAAUGGAGAUGUUAUUGUGUCUGACUUGUUACGUGAGGCUGUAGUGGUGACAGAUCGUGACGGUAAUUACCGAUUCUCCUACACAGGUCCUCCAUCAGGAUCACAAUUAAUACCACUAGGAAUCUGUACUGACGCGCUGUCACACAUCCUGGUCUGUGAUCUAGACACACCGUCAGUAAAGAUGUUAGAUAGUGAUGGUCACUAUCUGACAGAGAUACUGACACAACAACACGGGAUAAAGUAUCCACAGGGCCUGAGUUAUAAUGAUGACACUAAUCUACUGUGGGUAGGGGCAUGGGCCAACAACACAGUCCACCUAUACAGAGUGGUAGAUACAGACUCUUUGACUGGAGUCCCUCUGGAGGACAUCAAAUGUAGAAAACAUCCCAGAAUUCCCCUGGACCAGUUCUGUACCCCGUGUGGUGUUCCCUUGUGUGUGGAGUGUACCAGCUCUGAGGAUCACAGCAGACAUGAACUUAGAAAGAUAAAGACAUUGUUUGACAACAUUCACAGGAUGGAGGAUGGAGAUACACUAUUGAUGUGCAUUCUUCUUUCCAAUUCCUACAAAAUAAACAUGAAAGAAGGAAACUGGAUGACCAAAUAUAAUGCUAUUGCAAAAAGUUUUCACUCCAAGAAAAUCACAAAGCCAUUUGUUCGUACAGAUUUGGAACAAUACAAACCAAUUCUGAAACUCAAUGAAUCAGAGAUAACUUUUUCCACUGAGCUCUUCAAAAGCUUAAGUUUCAUGAAAUUUUCAAAGAGUUUUGAGUUAAACUUUACUGAUAUUUUCUUGAGUUGGGCAGAAAAAGAAAACAUUGCUGAGUACUGUAGAUCAUGGAAUUAUCAGAGAGGAGAGGAUGAAGUUUGCUGUUGGUUAAUGCCAGAAAAAAAUGAGGAGUUUUUAGAAAGACUUGGACAAGAUAUUUUCACGCACCCAACAAUGGAGGACCAGUCAUUCCAUGAAGCUGUAUUUAUAAAAUUUGGAAUACCAAUGCAGAUUAUCCUAAGGGGAGACAAAUCUGUGACGAAUUUCAUUGAGAAUUUAAAAAAAGGGAAGACAACCAUGUACCAUGCCUCUGGGAUGAUAAUAGGGUGUGCCGGAAGUGGUAAAACAACAUUGUUAGAGAGAUUGAAGGACAUUGACCUGGAAGAAAUAAAGGAAACUAUUACGUCAACUAGAGGAGUCAAUAUCCACUCAGAUGUCUUUGAUGUGACAGAAAGCAUCCAAGCAAAUACUUCAAGCCAAAAGCAACACUUCAAACUCAGACUUGAUAAAAAAGAUAUGAAGCAGAGUGUUCCUGAAUACCAUUCAGAAAAUGCAGCCAAUGAUGAGGAAAUACAGGAAAAGAUGGAAACACCUGAUGAUGAGGGCAAUACGACUGAAGCAUCAAGCAGUGGACAGAUAUCACAUGAUGAUACCGACAUUAAAACAACCUCAUCCCAUGAACCACAGGGGGCCACAUCACCGGAAAAUGUAGCAGAUGUUAUGAAGGAAAGAAAAGAUAUUCGUCAUAGUCCAGAAAUUUCUGGAAAUUUACAGAUAGGUGCAGAAGAUAUUUCAGAAGAUCCAGAUAAAAAAAUAACCAUGACUGACUUUGCAGGACAGUGUUCAUAUUAUGCCUCACACCAAAUUUUUUUGAGUCCCCGGGCAUUCUUCAUUCUGGUGCUGAAUAUGGAGAAGAAGUUUGAUGAUAAGGUUGGAGAAGAAGUGUGUUGUCAGGAAGGUUCCAUUUACAGGGGAUGGACACACAGAGAUUAUCUUGAAUUCUGGAUGAAGUCCAUUCAUCAAUAUGGCAGUGAUAAGGCUCCUGUCAUCCUGGUUGGAACACACAGUGAGAACAAAACAGAGAAGGAAAAAGAAUUGUUUUUCCGAGAAGUAUGGAAGACUCUUGACAUGAAGAAGAAGUCUUUGCAAAAACAUAUUGAUGUGAAACGGCGAUUUGCGGUUGGAUUCCAUGACAAUAAAAGCAUUGAAAAACUUAAGCUGUCCAUUGCUGAUGUUGUGUGCAAGCUUGAUCACUGGGGUGAAGAGCUUCCACAGUCAUGGGCUAUGUUUGAAACAUUCUUUCAGGAAAAGAAAAUUCGCAAGAUUUUGAGUAGGGUUGAACUUCAGGCUUUCAAUGAAACAUUGCCUGAGGGAAUAAAGCUCCAUACUAUUGAAGAUAUGGAUGCCAUGCUGCAGUUCUUCCAUGACAUCAGAGAACUUAUGCACUUCAAUCAACAAUUCCUCAAUAAAGUUAUUAUCCUCGACGUUCAGUGGUUUGCAGAUGCAUUUAGAAAUGUCAUAACAGAUAAAAACCAUGCAAAAGAAGAUUUAUUUGAAUAUGCCUCAGAAUGGGACAAAUUCAAUGAAACUGGAGAGUUAGAUGAAGCACUACUCUCUGCCAUAUGGAGAAUGAACAACAAUGGUUACCUUGAGCACAAAGAGGAUAUCAUGAUGUACAUGGAGAAGUUAGGACUCUUAGCUAAAAAGAGCGACAAAAUUUGGUAUGUCCCCUGUAUGAACAAGAUGCAAUUUCCAGUAGACUGCUUUUCAUCAUACCCUGCCUCCUCCAUCCUUUGCUACACGUUUGAUGUUCUUCCUGUUGAAAUUUUCCAUCGCCUUGUAGCAACGUGCAUGCAGAUUCCUAACUGGGAGAUUUUUACAGAUGAAGACAGAGGAUGCAUUUACCAGACUGCAGCUAUUCUCGUAUUUCAUGACCAGCACCAUAACAUCAUGCUUGGAAUGACUCAAACAGAAAUUCAGUUGCAAGUGUUUGUUGUGGAGGGAGAAGUUGAUGUUUCAACCUGUCACCAGAUUAGGGAAAACAUUGAGCGUAUAUUAGAUAACCUCUCCAACACAUUCCAGAAAAGCUCGGAAUUCCUUGUUGCAUUCAAAUGCAAAUCCACUGGAUUUUGUGACAGCAAAGAAAGCGCUGUCAUUAGUGAAUCUAAGUUUAUCAAAGAAACUUUUCUUUGUCCAUCCUGUCCGGCGAAUAAAAAGCAUCGUAUCAACAAAGGAGAUAUAACAAAAUAUUGGAAACAGAUAACACUGAGUAAUCCCAGCACUUCGACAGCUUCUGGACAAGACAUUGGGGGCCGGUCCAGAUUUGCCAGACUUGGAAUGGCAACAAACGAUGUGUUAAAUCAGGCAUGCCGAGACAUACUAGAGAUUGAGAUUUCCCCUUCCCUUAUUGAGAACAAGGCAAAAGCAUCAUUAAACUUUUAUGUAAGAUUGCGCCCUGAACAAAAGCAACACUUGACAGAUGCAAAACAUUCCGGAUAUAAGGAUUUUGAUAUUUCUUUAACAUACACAUUGAUAAGAAACAUUUGCAAAAAGAUUCCUAAACCAACAAAACAAAAAUGGGGUGAUGAGCCUGCAGCAGGAGAUGUGACUGUGGGUGAUGAUAUCGAGAGAAUUAGGUCAAUCCGUAACAGUUUGACUGCACAUGUGAGCUCAGCCUCCAUCCCUCAGACAGAAUUCAAUGACACCUGGUCAAUGAUGGUAGAUAUUUGCCAAAGACUGGAAACUUUCACUGGAAAGACAUACUUGGAUAACCUUAAUGAAAUUCAGAAACUGACCUUAAGAAAGGAAACUGAAGAUGCUGUAAUAGAAAAGAUUAAAAUGGAAGAUCAGCAUGAAAUGGUAAAGACAAUACUGUCUGAUGUGCAAGAAAUAAAAACAGCAGUAUUGAAGCUUAAAAGCAAAGAUGCUUCAAAUUAGGAGCAUUACUCAUAGAACCUAUGACUACAUGAA